AAAUUUGUUCCCCCCCCCCCCCCCAUCUCUUUUCGCUGCCCGUCAAUUGAUUUUCCUGUCACUCUCAACCCAACAAGCGUCAAUAAGGCGACUGAAGUGAAGUAAGCAGCAGAAACACGCCGAAUGCUCUCACUCUCAUGCUAUACAAUUAUACCGUAUUGCUUUUGCUUUUUGAGUGUGUGCAACCAUACCAUUCCUCGCAUGCAUUUCCUCCCUCCCUAUAUAACACAUAUGCCAUAUCUCCUCGGCCUGCUCUAAUGCACAUCUAGACAACACACUAUAUAAACCCUGCUGAACAUGGAUUCGCUCCUCUUCUCUCCUCUCCUCCUCCUCCUCCCCCUCUCCCCCGCAACUCUCACCCUCUUGCUCGUUCUGAUUACUUUUUCUUUCUUUCUUUUUAACUCGUUCCUGAUACCACCUUCCUGUCUCAUUGUUUCCAUUGCAAAAAAACAAAAACAAAAAAGAAAGGUACUACUCUCCUCCUGUGUCCCUGUUCCAUUCGUCUUUCCCCUUGACCGCUUUGCCCUUCCGCCCAAUAUCUGUGUUGGACUGCAUUGAGUCGAACACAGCGAGCCAUCCCUGCGGA